ACUGGGACAACUGGGACACUGGGACACCCAACUGGGACACUGGGGACACCAGUUGGGACACUGGGACCCCCAGUUCUGUCACUGGGACCCCCAGUUGGACACUGGGACCCCCAGCUGGGACACUGGGGACACCAACUGGAACUUUGGGACCCCUAAAUGGGACACUGGGGACACCAAUUGGGACACUGGGGACAUCUAAUUGUGACAUUGGGGACACCAACUGGGAUGCUGGGGACACUAAUUGGGACAUUAAGGCACCAACUGGGACAUUGGGGACACCAACUGGGACACUGGGGACACCAGAAGCGCUGGGCCAACGAGCAGCUGCUGCACCCCGAAAAAACCACAUGCGAGGAGGAAAACCUCUACGAGGGGCUGAACCUGGAUGAGUGUUCGAUGUACGAGGACAUUUCCCGGGGGAUCCAACCCACCUACCAGGACGUGAGGACCCUCCCCGGCGACUCCCAGCUGGAAAAGCCCUGAGGGACGCCCCGAAAAAGGGGGGUGGGACCCCCCAGGAAGGGGUUUGGGACCCCCUGGCUCUGCUUGGCCCCCCCAAUGCUCUGCUCUGGUGACACAAGGCCAUGCUGACCCCCCCAGAAUAAAGCUGUGUGCUGCC